AUGAACCAUUACUCCAAGGAUGCCAAGCUUAGACCACUAAAGUCCUUGGGCUUCGUGCUCUAUGCGCCGGCCGGGUUGCUCACUGGUAGUGGAGUGUUUGGUGGUUCCCGCUGUUCCAGCAUUCUAAGAACUGGUAGUUCCGCCGGGAGUACACCUUUAGGAUGUUAUAAAAAACUGAUAGAAUAUCACAAGAAGGGAGACCUGUCUUUUAAAUAUGUGAAGACCUUUAACAUGGACGAAUAUGUAGGACUUCCAAGAAAUCAUCCUGAAAGCUACCAUUCUUAUAUGUGGAAUAACUUUUUUAAGCAUAUUGAUAUAGACCCUAAUAAUGCACAUAUCCUUGAUGGGAAUGCUGCAGAUUUACAAGCAGAAUGUGAUGCUUUUGAAAAGAAAAUAAAAGAAUCUGGAGGGAUAGACCUUUUUGUUGGAGGAAUUGGUCCAGAUGGUCAUAUUGCUUUCAAUGAACCAGGAUCCAGUUUAGUGUCAAGGACAAGAUUAAAGACCUUAGCAAUGGACACCAUUUUGGCAAAUGCUAAAUACUUUGAUGGAGAUUUAUCAAAAGUGCCAACUAUGGCUCUAACUGUUGGUGUGGGAACAGUGAUGGAUGCUAGAAAAAUAAUGAUCCUCAUUACAGGUGCACACAAGGCAUUUGCCCUGUACAAAGCGAUAGAAGGAGUCAAUCACGUGUGGACUGUUUCAGCUUUCCAGCAGCACCCCCGAACUAUUUUUGUAUGUGAUGAAGAUGCUACCUUAGAAUUAAGAGUUAACACUGUGAAAUACUUUAAAGGUUUAAUGCAUGUGCACAAUAAACUUGUGGAUCCACUACACAGUAUGAAAGUAGGAAAUUGAAGGAGAUUGGAGCAAAAUUCUGCUUGAAUGAACAGAACACUCUUAUAUUUAGUAGAUGAAUUUUCAGCUAUGCAGUAUGAUAA